AAAAUCAGUAGAUCCUCUGCGUUUCUGCUUAUCUUUCUAGGGUUUCUGAUCUUCUCCCUUCUUUGAUUCCACCCUUUGUUCCCAAUAAUUUUCUAGGGUGGUUGCUGUUCGGUUUGCUAGAAAAUUGUGGCUUCUUCCAGUGAUUUUCCUUUUGUUUUUCCUCCUUUGCACCUUGAAAGAUGAAACCUUUCUAUGGGACUAUGGCCUGCUAUUAUUGAUGUCUUCAAAUUUUCUUUUCUUUGCACAAAGGCUGAAACUUGUCUCUCCUAGAAAAUUUAGGCUAUUUUCUUUCUGUGUUUUCUUCCUUUUCUCUUUCCUUUGAGCUUUUAAGCCCUUCCUUUAGGUUGCCAUUAUUAAUUUCUUUAAAAUUUGUAAUUUUUCAAUGCAAAGUUUGAAACUUUAGUAGUAGCUACACACUGCGUAGCUGGGGACUUUGCUCAAUUUUGGUUUAGAUGGUUGGUUGAGAAAAGUAUGUAAUGUUGUGUGUUCUCCUAACAUCACUGGUGUUUUUUUCUCACAACUUUGUGCUAAGGAAAUUUGAAGGAAACGCUGAAAUCCUUGCUGAAGUAGCUGAGGUCUUAGUCUUAAUGUUAGCAAAGCUGAACUUUGUGUAUGUGAUUCUAUAUAUGGACGGCUUGUGGUUGAAGCUGUUGGGUCAAGGAUUGGUGGGCUCAUGUUCCGUUAAGGAACUUCAAGAGAUUGGUAGCCAGCUGGUACAAAGCUUGAAAAACAUUGGGGCAAGAGAGACUUCAACUUUUGAUGGAAAAUUAGCAUUUGAGUUACUAUCAAAUGGGCUUUUUGGCAUAUUUAUAGAGUAUUUGUACCGUCAUUGGACCCUCAGAGACAUGCGACAGUCACAUUUCCUCAAACUCGCCUCCUCGUUAGGUUAUACUCAUUGAUAGCGCUGCAAGCCACAUUACUUAAACCAUUUAUGUGGUCCAAGGUCUCCUCCGUGUUGUGGGAUGCCGGGUUGGAGUCUCUAAGAUACCCUGUAAGAAAUUCAUUGUGCCAUC